AUGCGCCGCAACGAACAAUUCCGACCGGGGCGGGAGCCCCUGUCCGAUCAUCCCCACCUAACCCUCCGCCGAAGUCAUGUUUCUGGUCCUUUCUCGUUCCUAAAUCCCACCUGGGCGCGGUACGCGCCUACCCCAGCCCCUGGACAAACUAAGCCUGGUACCCUGGCACAAGAAGAAGAAAAGCCAGAAACACCCGCACCAGCACCAGAGCCAAAUCCCCCGGCCAAGGCUCGAUCUGUCGAGCAUCUCUGGCGCUCGCGCGACAAUCGCAAGGGGAGACAUGCGCUGAAGGUUGAUUAUCGCGCUCCGACCCCAGAAACGGGGUACAUUGCGCCACCGCCGACGACAACGUUUAGAGCUGUGGUACGGGGUAUCCUGCGAAUGGCGAUGCGUGCGCCUUUCUGGGAUGUCUCAUGGCUAGUCGCUGUUACUUUCACCCUUGGAUCGGUGAUCUGGAUCAUCAAUGCUUUUUUCGUGUGGUUGCCGCUCGUGGAUCCGGGGACGGAGUUCUCGGGCGAGGUUCUGCAGGGUGGGGGUAUAAGCGCGUUUAUCGGCGCGACGGUGUUUGAAAUUGGCAGUGUGCUUUUAUUGCUUGAGGCUGUUAAUGCUAAUCAGACUGGUUGUUUUGGUUGGGCUUUGGAGACGGAGUUGAGAAAGGCGGAGAAUCAUGGGACUCAGCCUGUUACGGAGGUGAAGCCUAGCGAGGAUGAGUGUCGACAUCACCAUACGAAUAGGCGGAAUCUUGUUGGUGUUGGGAGAAAUUUGUCUCAUCAACUAUCUCGUGAUCUUUCGAAUGGAUAUACGACGUCUUCGUCGGAUGGGAAGUCAUUUCGCUGGCUUCCAUCUUGGACUGAAUUGCGGACACAUUACCUCCAUGAACUGGGUUUUCUGGCAUCUUUGACCCAGUUCAUUGCGGCUACGAUUUUCUGGAUCGCUGGUUUCACUGGUCUCCCCGGGAUUAUCGACCAUAUGAGUCAGCGAGUGACGAACGGUGUUUACUGGGUUCCUCAAAUAGUGGGCGGAACUGGAUUCAUUCUCAGCGGACUACUAUUUACUCUCGAGACGCAAGAAAAGUGGUAUCGGCCAGCUUUUCAUGUCCUCGGCUGGCACAUUGGGGUCUGGAACUUCAUUGGCGGUAUUGGGUUCACUCUUUGCGGUGCAUUGGGGCCCGCAAGUACUGCAUCGGGUGUGGAGUAUCAAGCUACUCUUGCGACGUUUUGGGGGUCCUGGGCAUUCAUGAUUGGAUCGACGAUACAGUGGUAUGAGAGUUUGGAGAAGUAUCCAGUUGAGAGAAAAACAGAUGACAGUGCAUCGAUUCAGAGCGUGUAG